AUGCCCCUAAAAUUUGGAGUAUACAAGACCAUCCUCCUAGCCUUCGCAAUUGUGCACUUCCCCAAGUCGCGUAUACCAAGAUUUCAGACGGUCAACCGAUACAAACGUGUUAUCAUGGCUCUCGAGCUCUACAUCCCACCCUGCAUCAAAACUCCUGCUAGCCGUCUGCAUCCGCCGCGAAUCGAGUCGCCCCUCAGAGUCCAGAUCGAAGGUCCGCUAGAAUCGAUUCAAAAGUUUUUCCCGUCCGUGGUAUGGGAAACUAGUCUAGUUUCCCGGCCGUUUCCCCAGGCAGCCGGUGCAGCGCUUGAAGCGCUGACGUUCCGGCACAUUUUUGGGACAGCCGUCCGUCCUGAUGUCCGUGGCGAUAUGGUCGUGCGAGACGAGUACAUGGGAUGGGUUAAACUAGAUGAAAAUAUAUUAGAGGAAAUCGACUACUAUGGUGUGACGUUCGAUCAUCUGGUCUCCGUUGACGAUGUCGAUCCAGAAGUGCUGCAAAUCAAUAUCAUUGAGACGGACAAUGAUGAUGCCGAGUAUGCGAAUACAUACUUGCCAUUCUCAGUCGAUGCGUCGGAAUAUACUGGAAAGAGGGUACUGGCCGUUACCAGAUGCUGCCAGAAACGAAAGGGCACACAAGAUCGCCAAAGAGUAAAUAAGUCUGUUUUGGAAAGGGAUGCGCAGCGUUCAAGUUGCUGA